CUUCAUCUGUGUUUCACUUUUAGCGUGAUUUUGUGUGUUAGUGCUGCAUACGACCAUUGCCAUGAUGAUAAUCUCAACCAUGUUCUUAGAGAUAAAUUGAAAGAGCUACUUAGGAAAAGAAAAGCUAAGUACAAUUGCAAACUAGAGGAGAAAGCUGCCUAUGACAUUUCUCUUUACAAUCUGAAUGACCCCGAAAAUCCAGAAGACGUGAAGAAAAUACUAAAGUUCAUGAAUGAAAGGACAGUUGCCUAUAAAGCGAAAUACUUCAAGUCCCGGGAAAAACUGUAUAAGCAGAUGAAGAUUCUUGGAAAAGGAAGAAACGUUGGCUGUGUUCAUCUUCUCAACCAAAGCAAAAUCACACAUGAUAGGCAGAAUCAUACAAUUCUGACAGUGGCAGCCUAUAUAGCAAAAUACCACAGAUACAUAUGCCUCAUCGAAAAGACAUACUGGUGGUGGUUUUGA